AUGACUCAGGGUAUCGCUACUUUGGGGCCUACGGCGGUUAAAUUCCUGCAGUGGGUCGGGACGAGGAAGGAUAUCUUUCCGGAGUCGGUGAGUCGGCUCGCCGUUCGAUACCAGGCCAACGUUCCGGCCGACCCGUUCCCGUUUACCUGGCUGAGCAUAAUGGAUGCCAUCGACCGUGACAGAACACAGCGCGCUCUUAACCCAGGAUCGGGGCGAUGGUACACUCUCUGGCGCACGGAAGAGCUGGACGAGCAGGAAGUUUACGUGAAACCCGACGCGGUGGGCGGGGGUAGUGUCGCUCAGGUGCAUGCCGUCAUGAUCCGUGGACUUGGCCGCGUUUCCAAACGACCGAGAUGGGAAAAGGCCGUGAUGAAGGUGCUACGCCCGGGAGUCCGCACCAAGAUUGAAGCCGACCUGUGGUGGCUGAACCGGCUUGCCAGGUGUGCCUCUGUACUGCAAGGAGAGUCACAUAAUUGGCUACCGCUCGAUGAAUAG